CUGACAGAGGAGGAGAGGAAACUCUUCAGUCUCUAUGGGAAGUUACCAACCCACAAGAACGUUUUGACCAAGAUCCAGAAGGACCGGAAGUACUUCGACUCAGGUGAUUACGCUCUGUCCAAGGCAGGCAUUGCACCCGAAGAGGCGGUCGGCACGGCCAUCCCCAAUCCUCAGAAUAUUCCUCAUGCAUCGUCGCCACCGACUUGCCAGGGUUUAUCCAUCUCUCCUACCAAUUCUACCAGUCCUGUGAAGGAGAGCACUCUU